AUGUCACAUCCUAUUUCCAAUAACAUGGAAUAUCUUAAGCAAAUACUCUAUCAAGAAGACAAUGCCACAGACUAUUUUACUUUUCGGCAUCGACCUAGUGACGCAGAAAGUAAAUGGCACUCUAUUUUUCGACGCAUGUCUAUCAAUAUACAGCGAGAUGAAGGUACUCCUGAGCAAGAAAUUGUAUCAGGCACUGUGGAUAAUCCUUCUGAACAUGAACGGGCCUUGAUGUUAAGUAUACCUCAUAGUGAUGGAAAUGAAUUGAAUGAAACACAAGAGGAAGACGAUACAUUACCAAACUUGGAAGAAAUCGUUCAAGAUGGAACGAUGGAGCGUCCACCUUGUACACAUAAUUAUUUCGAAAAUCCAUUUGACUCAGAUGCAGAUACAGUGUAUCUUCAUGAGGAGGAAAAUAACAAGUCUGUUCACCCGCUUAGUACCAUCACAGAUGACAGUAGAAAGCCAAAGGAUCACAAGGCCUAUGUAGCGCCAUCCAUGAUUGAAGUUUCUGCCAAGCUGCAGAAGCAAAAAGUUGAAUGGGUAAAAACAUUUGACAAGAUAAAAUUAGCCAAUUCGUUGGGUGGGCCCACUCGAAGAAGAUCAAGUACAGUUUACUAUACGACUACAAGGCAGCCAUUAGCACCUUACUAUCCAUCUGCAUUUACUCCAGGGUACCUUUCUUUAUUAUGUCGAGAUGAACAUGGCAGAAAAGCACCCCCUAUUUUAUUUGAUGCAUUAAAUAUAUCCAUUACUGAUUCAACCAUUGAUCACAACUCAUCCCAUCGACUAUGGACAUUUCGCAUAGACAUACAGUAUGGAGAAAUUAAAUGGGUGAUUUACCGUACCAUUAUCGAGUUCUAUAACCUUCACCUCACCUUAAAGUUUAAGUACAUCUCUGGCUUCAUUUCAGAACCUCCUCCAUCAUUUCCUAGUCAAUUAGCUCACCUUACAAAUGCUGCAUUGACUUCGAUGCGUAUUGCUCGCGAACAAGAAGACAGUAUGUGGAGAGAUAUCGCUCUCAAACGUCGUGAUGCUUUAGAAAUUUACCUUAAAGAACUCAUUCAACAUGCAAGCAUGAACGUCAAUUACGAACUUUGUGAAUUUCUAGAGCUCAGUGCUGUCUCGAUUGUCAAAGAUAUGGGCUGGAAAGGUAAAGAAGGAUACUUGGAAUACAACACAAAUUUGCCUUCUUUACGCUUAUUUAAAUGGCAGAAAUGGCAAAAAGAAUGGCUCAUUCUACGCGACUCUUAUAUUGCGUUUUGCAAGGAUAUCUCAUCCAAUACACCUGCAGGUGUGUUAUUGUUUGACAAAUACCUCAAGGUAUCUCGAACACAAAGUACGUUUGGAUCCAUACACCAGACGCACUUCAUUAUCUCCAAUGCCUCAAGGCGAAUUGAAGUGAAAGCACCUACUUCAAGACAUACGGAUGAGUGGAUUGAUAACCUGAAUAAAGUACAAAAAGAAUCUCCAUGGAUUAUGAAUCAUCGAUUUGGAUCUUUUGCACCAAUCAGGGAAUGUUCGAAUGCUAGAUGGUUUGUUGAUGGGCAAGAUUAUUUUGAAGCAGUUGCACAAGCAAUUUUAUCUGCAAAAUCUGAAAUCUAUAUUGAAGAUUGGUGGCUAAGCCCUCAAUUGUACUUGCGUAGACCACCCAAAGGAAAUGAAGAGUAUCGACUCGACCGUCUUUUGAAAAGAAAGGCAUGUCAAGGUGUCAUGAUUUAUAUUGUCAUUUACAAGAAUGUCUCUGUGGCUUUACCACUCGAUUCACAAUAUACUCGCGACUGGAUGCAACAUAUUCAUCCCAACAUCAUAGUCCAGAGACAUGCUAACUUGACUUCUUCACCUUUUUGGGCGCAUCAUGAACAUGAUUUGACUGAUUAUCCUUCUUACGACGAAAAAGAGAUUUUUCCUGGACAAGAUUAUUCGAACCCCAGAAUGAAAGACUUUCAGAAAGUGAGUCAGUACGAUAUGGAGCUCAUUGACAAAAGAAGUGCUCCUAGAAUGCCAUGGCAUGAUAUCCAUACCGCUAUGACUGGGCAACCUGCCAGAGACAUAGCACGUCAUUUUGUUCAAAGAUGGAAUUUCAUCAAAUCAAACAGAGCUAAAGAAAGAGAUCAAGUACCUUUUUUACUUCCAAAGGGUGAAUAUGUCUCACUUAAAGACGAAAUCAAAUUCAAGGGUACUUGUCGUAUCCAAGUAUUAAGAAUAACAACCACAAAUCCUCAUGAUAAAUUGAUUAAGAACAAGAUUGGACAAGCCAUUGUAGAAAGGAUUAAACGAGCACAUCAAGAAAAACAAAAAUUUAGAGUCAUUGUUGUCAUUCCUGUUGCUCCUGGAUUUGAAGGUGAUUUUGCUCAAGUGGACAGACGAUCCAUGCCGUUAAGAUCCGUGGCUCAAUACCAAUAUCGCUCUAUUUGUCGUGGUAAAUACUCUAUUUUUGAAGAAUUGACAAAAGCCAAUGUGCCUAUCAAAGACUAUAUUGGGUUCUACAGUCUACGAAAUUGGGGAAAAGUCAAAAAAUCAACCAAGAUUUUAAGAGAUCAAUAUGGCCAUGUUAUACCGCCGCCACCACCACCUCCUCCACCUGUAAUGGCAAAUACUAGCAAUCGCCGCAUGCUUGGUAGGAAAAGAACACAUUCAAGAUCCUCUAGUCAGAAUAAGUCAUCAGAAGAUAUGCUACAACAAGAGCAUCAGCAGCAAAUGAAAGCAUUUUUAGAGCAACAACAAUACAAUGAUGGGAGAAUGGAUUUCAUGACUGAACAAGUUUAUAUUCACUCUAAAUUAAUGAUUGUGGACGAUAAGACGGUUAUUUGUGGUUCAGCCAAUCUAAAUGACAGAUCUCAAUUAGGAAACAGAGACUCUGAGAUUGCAGUUGUCAUCGAAGACAAGGAUUUGGUAGACUCUCGAAUGAAUAACAAACCUUACAAAGCUGCAAAAUAUGCCUUGACACUUCGUAUGCAGCUGUUUAAAGAGCAUCUAGGCCUUUUAAAUUGCAGUCCAUAUAUGGUGAAAAAGGGCAAAUAUGAAGAAGAUGCUAUUUUUGAAGAUUUGAAAGAAUAUCAAAAUAUGAAGCGAGAAGAUAUUGUUGUUAUGGAUCCCUUAAAUGACGAGUUUUAUUAUGAUAUUUGGAACAGAACUGCUGAAAACAACACACUUAUUUAUCGAGAUGUAUUUCGAUGUGUACCAGAUGAUACAGUUCGUUCCAUUGAGCAACAUCGCCAGUUUGUGCCUGAUCCCACAAGAACUUUGCCUGGUCAUAUCGCAGAGCCAUGGAACAAUACAAAUGAACAAGUCCAAUCGAAAUUAAAUCAUAUACGAGGUCAUCUUGUUGAAUUCCCCACCGAAUAUAUGAAGCAUGUGAACAUGACAGCCUCUGUCAUGCAAGAAGCAGUGCCUCCCAUAGUGUUUACUUGA